AUGAAUGGUAUCGCUCGCUCUUUCGUUUACUGGCCCGGCAUCGACGCAGCGAUUGAACAAGUCGCCAAAUCGUGCGCUGAAUGCGCCAGACAUGCACAUUUACCACCCAAAAGUAAAGGUCAUCACUGGGAAUAUCCAAAAGGACCAUGGGAGCGAAUACACGUGGGCUAUGCAGGACCAGUCGCAGGCACCAUGCUGCUUAUUGUCGUGGACGCUUACAGCAAAUGGCUGGAAGUGAGAGCGACCCAUUUGACCACAGCAACGGCAACGAUUGCGAUUUUAGAUAAUAUUUUUGCAUCAUAUGGAGUUCCCAUAACAAUCGUCUCAGAUAACGGAACCCAGUUUAAGUCUGUGGAAUUCGAGUCGUUUCUACAAUCAAGUGGAGUCAAAUAUCACAAAUGCACAGCGCCGUAUCAUCCCGCAAUGGCCAAGCCGAGCGUAAUGUACAAACGGUAA